AUGUUAGGGAAUCGAGUGCCUGUAUCUGGAGAUAAAAAACUUAAUAAGAAUUUAUGUAAAAACAAAAAAUCAACAAACAGUCAACAAAUUCGUCAAGGAUCUUGCUCGCAAACAAUACAAGGAGAAAUCCCAUCUGUCAAUAAAAUGCCAUCAACUUUAAUAAUAGAACCAAUUAAUGGUCAAAUACUAAAAUCGCAGCAUUCAUUUAGAGUUGAAAAAAAAACUUCAAAUUUAAUAACCGGUUUCUUCACCGAUCCAAAUGAAAAAUAUUAUGCCGAACCUCAACAGUUGAAAAAUGGCGUGAUAAAAGGACAUUCUCACGUUACUCUACAAAAACUUGAUGUUAAAGUAAAAGGGUCAUCACCCAGUGAUUAUAGAAUUUGUACUUUAACCUCAUCAUUCCCUCAUCAACCUGUGAUAAUGCCAGUUGCAAAACGUGGUUCACAAGAUGAUU